CGGGAUGCGCCGUUCCGAGGGUCGCUGCGGAGGCGGUGUCUGCAACAAGAUGGCGGUAGCGGGCAAAGGCGCGGCGGCCGCCUUGGUGAAGCCGAUCUUCAGCCGGGACCUGCGCGAGGCGAAGCGGAGAGUGAGAGAACUGUACCGGGCCUGGUACCGAGAGGUGCCCAGCACCGUACACCUGUACCAGCUGGACAUCACGGUGAAACAGGGGCGUAACAAGGUGCGAGAGAUGUUCAUGAAGAAUGCCCACGUUACAGACCCACGGGUGGUAGACAUGCUGGUUAUUAAGGGAAAAAUGGAACUUCAAGAAACCAUCAAUGUAUGGAAGCAAAGAACUCACAUCAUGAGGUAUUUCCACGAGACAGAAACCCCACAACCUAAAGACUUUCUUUCCAAAUUCUAUGCAGGCCACAAUCCCUGAGAGAUCGACUCUUGUGUCCUCCUGCCUUGUAUUAUAAAUAAAGUUCUAUGCACUAGAAAAUAAAAAAUCCAAACAGAGAGAUCGUAUAGCA